AUGGAGGCAAGUGUGGCACGUCUUGAGUGCCUCCCUGGUGGUGCGGUGUCCAUUGUGAUGUCCCUGUUGACCGGCAACGACUCCGGCCACGACGGACUCCUCGACCGUGGCCGUCAGCUCGCGGUCUGGUCACUAUGCUGCAUGAGCAUGUCGGCGAGUGAUGAGCGGAGGGCAUGCCACGACUCCUUCGUGAAUUGGCAGAGGAAGCUUGCCCGGGAAUACUGGGCAACGAUGGCUGGUGCCGAUAUCACCCCGAUGUUGCUAGAGAGCCAGCGCUACGCCGUUGACGAUCUUUCUCGGAGAGCUUACUUCAACCUACAGUUGGACAACGUCAGGGGGGUCUUCAACGAACACGUGGAACAGCUCCUGAGAUACAGGCCUCAAUCCUCCCGGCUCUUUGUACGACGUUUCCAUGACAGAGUUUUGUGCGACACCGAACAUCCUCGGGACAUUCUGAAGCGUUUGAUCGAGGUUCCUAUGUACGAGAACCCUAGCAGGGCCUACCACUCACACCAAGAACGCCGCCUUUGGCACAUUGGUGGCGCUGCAGAACUGUGGUAUUGGGCAAUGGGCCUCGACGAGGUAGCCUCGAUGUCGUACAAGGAGGCCUAUAUGAGUAAGGUUGCGGCAAGGGUGCGCAUCGUCUUCGAGGACUAUGGCGAGGACAGAGCCACGGCUUUCGCCGUCAGACUCUAUGAGAAGCUUAGCAUUGUCUGGGGCCCUUUCACUAUGCCGACUCGGCAUAAUAUGACGCCUGACGUGGUUCUGCGGUGGCAGUGGUAUGUCGAAGUCAUGUUCGCCAUCAAGUCAAAGGCUUGCUCAGAAAGAAGCGCUCAACAAACACAUGCUGAAGCUGAGGGCGAGUAA